AUGACGCAGUUACUGUAUGACUCCGCCCCCUCCAGUUCCACUCGAUUCAGUUUCACUGAGAGCGAGGUCGAAAAAUACGACUUCACCCUCAAAGCGUUUACGACUCUACGUCCACUUUCUCUGGGGAUUGCCAAGGGAUUUCAAUGUUUGGCCCGUUAUUUUGUUUCCGUGUUGAUUCGGACCGCACAUAUAUGGCGUUUGUGACCGUAUGCGGAGAGUUCUGCCAGGCUCAGCACCUCACCUUCGUGGACAAGUGAAUUUGUAGCCACCUUCGGGACUACGCUACCCAGAAGCCCCCUUGACAGCCACCACACUGGGUCUCGUCUGUCUCACUUAUACCCUCUUGGGAUCACGCGUAGUCAUCUGCCUCGCCUCACUUCCUCCCUAAAGUAUUUUCUCCCUGUCGCCAAUCAGAAACUCUCCUCCUGAAUGGGACGUCUUGCCAAAAUGAACCGACCUGCCGCUGUCGAGAUUUCUUACGAAUGCAUGAGGUUUCUCAUCACGCACAACCCCACCAAUUCCACUCUCAACAAGUUCACUGAGGAGCUCAAGAAGUUUGGGGUAAACACAGUGGUGAGAGUAUGUGAAGCCACCUAUGACAAGGCACCAGUAGAGAAAGAGGGCAUCCAGGUCCUGGAUUGGCCCUUUGAUGAUGGAGCUCCACCCCCAAUCCAGAUUGUAGAUGAUUGGUUAAACUUGUUGAAGACUAAGUUCAGAGAGGAGCCGGGAUGCUGCGUCGCAGUGCAUUGUGUGGCAGGGCUGGGCCGAGCACCUGUGCUGGUAGCCUUAGCUUUGAUAGAAUGCGGCAUGAAAUACGAAGAUGCGGUGCAGUUCAUAAGACAGAAGAGACGUGGAGCCUUCAACGCCAAACAGCUUCUUUACCUCGAAAAAUACAGAACUAAGAUGCGUCUGCGGUUCAAGGAUGCAAAUGGGCACAACUGCUGCAUCCAGUAGUGCGUCUGUCUGUCAGUCAUAUUAAGUUUUAGAGGGAAAUUUAAAAAAAUGUGGGUUAUAAUUGUGGUGAUUUUAUCAAAUCAAACAUGGCUUAUUGAUCACAGAGAUGUUAUGAAUGAAAGCUGAUCUUUUGGAUUCACCAGCAGUAUGAGAGGGGUUCAAAGCACACGGAUGAGCCCAUAACCUGCUUGAUAAACCAAUGUAAGCGGUCACGGGCAAGAUUACACAUAGUUCAAUGAGAUUUCCCAAAUUUUCAAUCAUGGGAUGACCUUAUAUUUUGUUAUUUUAGAAUAAUGCUUUUGAACCAUGAUGAAAUAUUUAGAGUUGUCAUUUUUAUUUUGAAUUUUUCUAUCGGGCAUGUUCCUUUUUUUAUUUUCCACAGACAAUAGCCAAUUUUGUUACAAAACAAGUCUAAAAGUAGGCAAAUGAUAUUUUUGCACAAAACAAAGUUUUUUUUAAAUCUCCAAUGCAGCAGUUGCCCCCUUGAAAUCACUUUUAAAUUAAGGUUUGCCUAGGUUUUAAAUAUGUCGGCUGUAUUUAUUCACUAUAAUUGGUGUCUUGUCAGGAGUAGUGUGGGUUGGGUUAGACACUUUUUCUUUUUUUUUUUAAUGGAGCCAUGUUAUUUUCUCUCAUAUUUUUAAUCUCUGGGGAGUGCAAUAUUCAGUCCAGCUUAGAAAAGCCCUCACCCUUAGGACCGUCCUACAUCCAUAUUAAAGUACAGUAGAUACAGUGUUGGAAACAGAGGAGGAUACUUGGCCUGUCUUAGAUACUCUCUAUAGCUGCUCUUUGCUGGCUGAUGAUGAGUAAGAAAGCUUUACUGUUGACACCCACACAUGACAUGUGUACACUUUAUCACUCUACUGUUUAGCCCACAGAAACACUGAAGGAAGUGAGAGGCAGGGAGAUUGGUCAGCUCUGAGUUUUGUUUUUUCUUUUUAUCAUUGUGCCCAUUUUGAAAUCACCCCCACUUUGUCUUGGUUUUAAGAUAAAUAAAUCAAUUGAAAUCAA